AUGAAGUGCUGGUUUGCAAGCAGCGUUUGUGCUUGGAGGCAGAGGGAUGGGGCAGUGAGGAAACUGAUUGCGGCACAGGAGCUGCUCGCAGCACUCAUAACAGCAGGGUUUGGAGGAGCAUUGGUUGUGGACCUAUCCGAUUGGUGGUACGCGUGGUGGAUCAAGGACGACUGCAGCUCGCAGGCGCUGUGGAACAGCGUGCAGGCGUCCAGCGACGUGCGCAGCAGCGUGCUAGCCGUGUGGGGCCCCGGCACGGCCGGCGCCAGCACCUCCUUCCAGGACUACGUGCUUAUGGCGGCCAACAACCGCCGCAACCCCUCCUGCGUCAAGACGUACCUGCUGGACUGGAUCAAGUGCAAGGCUGCGCCCACCGACUCGGCCGUUCAGUUUUACAACUCGGCGCUGGGCGUGGGGGUGAGCGGGGUGAAGGAUGUGCGGUCGCUCAACACGUUUGUGACGGCCGUGAUCAAGAAGAUUGGCCAGACCGUGUUUAACACGCUCGCUGGCAUGCUCAGGCAGCGCGGCCUGCAGGCUCAGGUUGUGAUGGCGGGAACGUGGUGCUAG